GCGCCAACUGUCGCCAAUCGGCCCCCGCGCAUUCCGAGCAGUGCCUAUUCUCCCUCUUCCAUAAGAGAGAGAGCCUGCGCGCCCAUCAACCAGCAGUACACCAGGGUCAACAGGACAGACCCCAACUACACCAUGGCUGGACUGAAAAAGGAGGUCGCAUCUAGCGCCCCGCCUCAUGGCUACCACUUCGGCGGACCUUGGGGUACCGCCGGCGUUUCUACCAUCCUCCCUAUUGUCGUGUACGCCCUCGCAUUCGCCUGCAACGACGUCUCCGGCUGCCCUGCCCCGUCUCUCCUCGACCCGAAGAAUAUCGACUUGGCGCAGCUUAAGCGUGAGGUUGGAUGGCCAGAAGAAGGCAUUUGGGGCCUAGGUAGUUUCAACGCUACUCUAGCCGUUGUUGGGUACUUCUUCUUCAACGCCCUACUGUACCGAUUCCUUCCUGCUCAGGAAGUUGAUGGUGUCGUACUGGCCUCUGGCGGCAAGUUGAAGUAUAGGUUCAACUCUUUUGCAUCGAGCAUGUUCAUCGUUGCGAUCCUUGCCGCCGGGACUGCCCUUGAGGGCGCCGACUGGGCUCUCUGGGUCUACAUCUCCGACAACUAUAUACAGAUUCUCACAGCCAAUAUGAUUUUGGCGUUUGUUAUUGCCACCUAUGUCUACGUUCGCAGCUUCAGCGUUAAGCCUGGGAACAAGGAGAACCGCGAGCUUGCCGAGGGUGGCCACUCAGGCAACCUCAUUUACGACUGGUUCAUUGGCCGCGAGCUCAACCCGCGCGUCACGAUCCCAAUCAUUGGCGAGGUUGACAUCAAGCACUGGAUGGAGGUCCGCCCUGGCCUUCUCGGCUGGGCCAUCCUCAAUUUUGCCUGGAUCGCCAAGCAGUACCGCACAUUUGGCUUCGUCUCCAACAGCAUCAUCUUCAUUUCGGCCAUUCAGUUCCUCUACACGGUAGAUUGCUGGUGGAACGAGCCUGCCAUUCUGACGACCAUCGACAUUACCACCGAUGGGUUCGGCUUCAUGCUAUCCUUUGGCGACAUUGCAUGGCUUCCAUUCAUCUACUCUAUGCAGACGCGGUACCUGUCGAUGUACCCCGUAUCCCUGAACGCCUUUCAGGUGACUACCAUUGGAGCUACCAUCUGCCUGGCCUAUUACAUCUUCCGUGCCUCCAACAACCAGAAGAACAAGUUCCGCACCAACCCCAACGACCCCAGCGUUGCCCAUCUCAAGUACAUUGAGACCAAGGCUGGCACUCGCCUUCUCAUCUCUGGCUGGUGGGGUGUCGCCCGCCACAUCAACUACCUUGGCGAUUGGCUCCAGGCGUGGCCAUACUCUCUUCCCACAGGCAUGUCGGGUUACCAGAUUCUGACAGCGGGUUCCGGCCUAGUUGAGCAGGGCGUAGAGGGUGCCUUCAAGACCCUCGACGGUCGUGAGGUGGUGCAGGGUGCUGCUCGCGGCUGGGGCAUUCCUGUUACGUACUUUUACGUGCUUUACUUCGCGAUCCUGCUCAUCCACCGUGACCGCCGCGACGAUGACAAGUGCGCACGUAAGUACGGUGAUGACUGGGAGAAGUACAAGAAGAUUGUCAGGUGGAAGAUUCUUCCUGGCGUGUAUUAGGCGGUACGGAUCUCCCCAUCAGCCUGCAUACCUUCGGCCCUUUUCUUCACGACCCAUGACUUCAGACUGUGGGGUUAGGAUGCGCGUCCGGGCACGACAGCGGGUUUUGACAUGGCACAAACUCGCGGCUCGCCGGGCCUGGGAUUUUGGGACUCAAGCCCGGAUGGCGGGCACUGCGCCAUGCGGAGUAGAGGCGCAGAUGUAAAAUUACUUUACUCGAUACAGUUGGUUAUACGUUUUAAAGCUGUUCUUUACCC